AUUCAACCCAAUUUCAACUCACCUCACUUAUCUUACUUUGUUCAUGUGUCUAAAGCUUGUGGAAUGUGUUAAUUACUGAAAUGAAAAGCAUUUUAAUGUUUUUUUCAUAUCUUUUCAGAAUAUGUGCACAUAGCUUUCAAUGACCAGACGAAAAAAAAUUUCAUUUCAAGUAUGUUGAGAAGAAAACGACCCAUCUCUGAAAAAAUCACCUCACCCAAGAAAAUACGACUCAUUCAUGAGAAUGAAAAGUGCAAAGUCUCCCAAGGAAUUGUCUUGUAAUAUAGCAUUAACAAGAUGCGGCUGGGGAACGUCCUGCUGGCGUGCAUCGGCUUUAUGACGUCAGGCACAUACGGAGACUGUCAUGAUGAGUCACUCUCAGUAUACGUCACAGGAGAUGGUUUCAUCCGGGUUCGUUUAUCGAGUCCUGACAUGGUGGCUGUAGAUGGGACUAUUCUAACCAGAUGUGGACUGAGGUGUGCCUGUUAUAACAAGAUGUUCCUCUGUUGCAGUGAUGCUGACUGUAUCGCAGUGGACAACAACUGCCCUGCACAUCAUCUUAACUUUCCACCAGUACCACCAACUAAGUGGGGACAGGGCUUCCAUGCUCCUCCGUUCACAUCAGUGGAGAUAAUGGACCAGUCACAGAAGGUCGCAUUGGACCCCAGAGUCAGCCAGAGUCUUCAAGCUAAUCCAGUGCCAAUGCAGAAUCUGGAUCCAAUGCAAGGAGUCGACCAUGUCCCGGAGUCUGAUAGCAACCAGACCAUGAGUGAUCCCGAUGUCCCUGCGCUUGUUGCCCAUGCUCCACCACAGCCUGGUGUUGGACAAUCACCUGUCCAUACUGACGUUACAAUAUCACAUCAGGACCAGACCAUGAGUGAUCCCGAUGUCCCUGCGCUUGUUGCCCAUGCUCCGCCACAGCCUGGUGUUGGACAAUCACCUGUCCAUACUGACGUUACAAUAUCACAUCAGGACCAGACCAUGAGUGAUCCCGAUGUCCCUGCGCUUGUUGCCCAUGCUCCGCCACAGCCUGGUGUUGGACAAUCACCUGUCCAUACUGACGUUACAAUAUCACACCAGGACAUACAUGUCAGUGUGAGCAACGAACCAGAUACCAGCUCAGUCAGUGACAUGAAUCCAAUAGACUCAGCAUCUGUAUCCCGUAGUGACCAGACGGUAAAGAAGGGACGCUUAAACCUUCUUGGAGUUCUGAAAAACGAUAAAAUGUUCACCGAAGAAUAUGACAAAGAACCUCAAGAGGUUCCACGAGGCUAUGUGGAGGCUAGGGGAGAUACAACAUCUCCAAGGAUGAAGAGAACUCGGAGAGACGCGGACGUUGAUGUUACAGCAGAGCAGAUGACAACAGAGGAAGUGGUGAUUCUUUCCAUACCCACCGAAUCACCAGCAGCUUCAACGGACAACACAGAUUUUGUGCGAAGGAAGAGAUCAGAUGGUAACACACACAAUGGUAUGGUUACUGAAGAAAUAACACAAGGUGAAGAAAGAGUCACCGAGGCAGAAACUGAAGCAUCAGACAUUACCCAAGUAGAAACACUUGCUUUCAGAAAAAAACGAUCGGCGGAAUACGUAGCUACUGAGGAGAUCUUGACAACAGAAGACGUCAUUGUUCCUCCAUUGCCCACGGAAGCUCCAGAUACAUCCAACCUUCAAAUGCCUCCAAUGAGAAAGAAACGAUCUCCAACAGGCGACGCUACUGAGGAAGUAUUGACAACAGAAGAAGUCAGUGUUCCUCCAUUGCCCACAGAAGCUCCGGAUACAUCGGACCUUCAAAUGCCUACUAUGAGAAAGAAAUGAUCUCCAACAGGCGAGUAACGUAGGAAUUGAACUGAUGAAUAGAUAGUUUUCAGGAGAUCUACAAGCAGGCUGACCAAGAUGACAUACACCAGGUCAUUAUCAGUAAAACAAAUCCAACAGAAGCAUUUAUGCCUAAAUGUUAUACAUCUACAUUCAUUUAUGUGUUCAUUUACAACACGCAAUUGUGUAAAGGUGCGUUUUCGUCCAUCGGACAGAACACAACAAUUACAAAUCGAAGACCCAUAGGAUACAGCUUGUUAUGUCACUAAAUACUACAUAGAAGAUGUAUCGGAAAUUUCAAAUGUCACAGUCCUUGAAAACUGAACCUUUAAAUCUUGAAAUACACGGUCCCAUUUACGCCGCUUUUAGCAAUAUUCAGCAAUGUCACGGCGGGAGACACCAGAAAUGGGCUUCACACAUUACCCAUGUCGGGAAUCGAACCCGGGUCUUCGGCGUGACGAGAGAACGCUUUAACCACUAAGCAACCCGACCGCCCCUGGUCCCAUAAGUAAUACCGAAACAAUACCCUAUGUAAGUAAUGGUGUUAGUGGGAAUGAAACUAUACUAUCAGUGGCACUAUAAUACCAGUGUGAGUAUAGUGAAUAAUGUCAAGAACAGGUCAUUGUUCCGAUAGUCGGAGGCAAUAGUGGUCACAGUACUGGACGGUCAGGUACAUGGGAUAAAAGUUCACAUUAUAUUGAUUUGAUUUUAUGAUUUAAUUUGUUUUGAAAAUGAAAAUAAAAUUUUGAAAACGUA